GUUGUUUUACAUGUCUAAAUAUAAUGUAUAGUUUUAACACUAAAUCAAAUAUUCUGCUUUGUUUUAGAUGUAAUGCAAUGUUUAUAUCAGAUUUAAGGUUAAAAAAACUGCAUAUUCCAGAUACCGUGCAUGCUUGUAUCUCCUCUUUGCUCCGCUUCUCUUAAACGUGCAGAUAUUUUACAAGACUCAUGGCUCUGAAAAGCGAGGUGUGUUAUGAUUGGGCAGUUCACCAGUGCGUAGUGAUUGGUGUAAUACUCCAAGCGUGUGAGGGAAAUGUUACACUUCUUACAAUUUUUGGAACAUCAGGUUCCACUUCAAUUGUUCUGAGAGGUACACCACCUUACCUGUGUAUACAUUUGGGCGGUCUUAGUCAAAUCAAACCAUGAACUGAUUAUACAUUUGUGGGGGUGUGGUUACACGAGGCGUUCCAGGCAGGUCUGGGUCAUUUUCCAACCAGAGACGUCUCACCAUGAUCAGAUUAUUUUUAGUUUUGUCAGUUUUGGCUCUGAGCUGCAGUGGAGGUAAAGUGCUGGUGUAUCCUGUGGACGGCAGCCACUGGGUCAAUAUGAACAUUCUGAUAGAGGAGAUGCACACCAGGGGUCACAGCAUCACCGUCAUCCGGCGGAAUUCUAGCUGGUUCAUCGCGGACAACUCCCCUUUCUAUUCUUCAAUCACUCUUCCCAAUGAAAUUGAUGAAUCUGGAGACUUUUUGGAUGAGUAUUUAAGGAAAACGCUGGAGAUAGAAAGAGGGCAUAGUUCUGCACUGUCAUUCUUGAAGCUUCAAGCUGACUUGUUCUCCAUGCUUUCCAAAGCUCAUCACACUGGUUGUAAUAUGCUGUCAUUCAUCCUCGAAGACAAGAAGCUUGUGAAAAAACUCAAGGAUGAGCGGUAUGACCUGGUCCUCACAGAUCCAGCCAUAGCAGGCGGUGUAGUUUUGGCACACUACCUGAAACUUCCUCUGGUUCUCAAUGUGAGGUGGACCACUAGUGGAGAAGGACAUUUACUUAUAGCACCAUCCCCUCUCUCUUACGUUCCUUUACCAGGCUCUGGCAAUACAGAUAAAAUGAGUUUUAGUCAAAGAGUAAAAAACAUCUUAUUUCACAGCCUUGGGUUUAUCGUGAAUAGAUAUAUGGUAGAUCCACAUUACGAUGUACUGAUAGAAAAGUACUUGGACGAAAAGAAAGACAUUGUCAGUCUCAUGCAAGCUGCAGAUCUCUGGCUCAUGAGGGUGGAUUUUGUCUUUGACUUUCCGAGGCCCACCAUGCCAAACAUUGUGUACAUAGGUGGAUUCCAAUGCAAACCUUCCAAGCCCCUUCCUAAAGAUCUUGAAGCUUUUGCACAGAGCUCAGGGGACCACGGUUUUAUUAUUAUGUCUUUGGGGACGCUUGUUAAGAGCCUCCCCAUGGGCGUGACAAAUGAAAUUGCGGCAGUGUUUGCAAGUUUAACACAGAAAGUCAUCUGGAGGCAUCUGGGACCUCGUCCAUCCACUGUUGGCAACAAUACGCUUAUAGUGGAAUGGAUGCCACAGAAUGACCUUCUGGGACAUCCGAAGAUCAAAGUCUUUGUAGCACAUGGAGGAACCAAUGGAGUGCAGGAGGCAAUAUACCACGGUGUACCGAUUCUGGGCAUGCCUUUGUUCUUUGACCAGUUUGACAACUUAAUUCGUGUUCAAGAGAAAGGAGCAGGCAUAAUUCUUAGGUUGUCAGAAAUAAAUGGUCAUACGUUUGGACAAGCCCUACGGGAACUGGUUAGCAAUGCCUCCUACAGGACAGACAUACAGAGGAUCUCCAGGUUGCACAGGGACCAGCCCAUGAAACCGCUCGACACAGCUAUGUUCUGGAUCGAGCAUGUGAUGAGACAUAAAGGAGCCAAACACUUGCGCUCUGAGUUCUACAACAUGUCGUGGUACUCUUAUCAUUCUGUAGAUGUUUUUUUGGUUCUGUUGUUUGUUUUGGCAGUGUUUGUGUUUACCAUGGUUGCAUUCAUCAAAUAUGUGUGUUGUAGAAUAUGCUGUAAGAGGAAACUGAAAAAGGAAUAACAGUCUUUCAUGGAAAAUUAGGAUUUUUUACAACUAAUGCACACCUGAGGUUGUAUGUUGGCAUUAUUCAUUAAUAAUUCAUUAAGGGCCAGAAUAAAAGUUUAGGUUUAGACCACAGGAAUCAGCUGUUUGUUUAUUCUAAAACAUGGACAGAUUUGAAUCCCUGAAAUGUUUGUGUGUGGAACUAUUCUCGUUUUUGUCUCAAAUCUUGUAUAUUAUUAGAAACAUCUCAAGUGUGUGUGAGUAAUAUGCCGUAGGUUUUAGCCAUUCUCUUGCGAAAAGAAGUUUACAAAGUGUGUAUUAGUAUACUGAAAAAACAAUGUUUACUUUCAGUUUACUUUUGAUCAAAAAUAUAAGUAAAUGAAACUUGACUUUUAUUGAAGAAAGGGUUUAAUCUUAGUCUUUUGAAAGAGAUAAAUUUGAAAGUAAAAUGAUGUAUUCUAAGUCUCCUUUUCUUGUUUUCAUGUCUACUUAGUUUGAUUAAGUAGUCAAUUUAAGACUUUUACAUA